AUGAAGGUCACAGUGUGUAGUGGUGGGUUUGUAGCGGUGCUGGACGCACCAGGAAAGGUUUUGCAUCAUUCUCCUUCCGUCCUCGUUUUAAAUUCGACCGUUUGUUUCUCCUCCUCAUUUCAGGUGAGUGCUAACGUCCUGAUCUUCCUCUGCACUAACAUCAUUGGAAUCUGUACCCACUACCCUGCCGAGGUUUCCCAGAGACAAGCCUUUCAGGAGACCCGGGGAUACAUCCAGGCCAGACUACAUCUGCAGAGGGAGAACCAGCAACAGGAACGUCUGUUGCUGUCAGUGUUGCCAAGGCAUGUUGCCAUGGAGAUGAAGGCUGACAUCAAUGCCAAGAAGGAAGACAUGAUGUUUCAUAAGAUCUAUAUCCAGAAACAUGACAACGUCAGUAUCCUGUUUGCAGACAUCGAGGGUUUUACCAGCCUGGCCUCUCAGUGCACAGCUCAGGAGCUGGUCAUGACACUCAAUGAACUCUUUGCCCGCUUUGACAAGCUGGCAUCGGAAAACCAUUGUCUGCGUAUUAAAAUCUUGGGUGAUUGUUACUACUGUGUGUCCGGGCUGCCUGAACCCCGGGCCGACCAUGCGCACUGCUGUGUGGAGAUGGGUGUUGACAUGAUAGAGGCCAUCUCGUUGGUGCGCGAGGUGACAGGAGUCAACGUUAACAUGCGCGUUGGCAUUCACAGCGGGCGCGUGCACUGCGGUGUGCUGGGACUCAGGAAGUGGCAGUUUGACGUGUGGUCAAACGACGUCACGCUGGCCAAUCACAUGGAAGCGGGAGGCAAAGCCGGGCGGAUCCACAUCACUAAGGCCACGCUGCAGUAUCUUAAUGGAGACUAUGAGGUGGAGCCUGGUUUCGGAGGAGAGAGGAAUGCAUAUCUGAAGGAGAACAGCAUCGAGACCUUCCUGGUCCUCGGCUGCAGUCAGAAACGGAAGGAGGAGAAGGCGAUGAUGGCCAAGAUGCAGCGGACGAGAGCCAACUCUAACGAGGGGCUGAUGCCACGCUGGGUCCCUGACAGAACCUUCUCCAGGACCAAAGACUCUAAAGUCUUCAGACAAAUGGGGAUUGAUGAGACCUCCAGUAAAGACAACCGCGGUGUUCAGGAGACCAUGAACCCGGAGGAUGAGGUGGAUGAAUUUCUCGGCCGAGCCAUUGACGCUCGCAGCAUUGACCAGCUACGAAAAGACCACGUAAAGAAGUUCCUGCUCACCUUCCAGACCUCCAGCCUGGAGAAAAAGUAUUCCAAGAAGGUGGACGAUCGUUUUGGAGGCUAUGUUGCUUGUACUCUACUCGUAUUCUGCUUCAUAUCCUUCAUUCAGAUUGUUAUCUUUCCACACACCCCAGUCAUGCUGGGAAUCUACAUCAGUAUCUUCUUCAUUCUCGCCAACAUCCUUUUCAUCUGUGCCAUAUACUCCUGCAUCAAGCUCUUUCCAGCUGCAAUGCAGACUGUUUCAAAGAAGAUUGUUCAGUCUCGCACCAACAGCACCCUGGUUGGAGUUUUCACCAUCAUCCUCGUUUUCAUCUCUGCCUUUGUUAAUAUGUUUGCUUGUGACACGACGAGCUUAGCGACAUGCGUUGCAGAGAAGCUGAACACCUCUGCAGCCCUGGUGACGCCCUGUCUGAUCCGCAGCUUGAAUGUGUCUGUCGAGGGGGGUCUGGAGAUCUGUCCCAGCCAAGGCCCCUCCUGCCCCUUCCCUGAGUAUUUCAGCUACAGCGUGCUGCUGACGCUGCUGGCCUGCUCGGUGUUCCUGCAGAUCAGCAGCAUAGGGAAGCUGGCCCUCAUGCUGCUCAUCCAGCUCAUCUUCCUGCUGCUGGUGGAGUGGCCACAAGUAGCACUUUUCGACAACGCCGACCUCUUUGUCACCUCCAAUGCCAUUGAUUUAAAUGAAACUAGUGCUCAAUGGUCCAGUUUCAAUGAAACUACAAACCAGUGCCCAUUUGUUGUGACCAAAGUGUCCCUGCGGGUCAUGACUCCAGUGAUCCUCACAGUCUUUGUCCUGGCACUGUACCUGCACGCUCAGCAGGUCGAAUCCACAGCACGCCUCGACUUCCUGUGGAAAUUACAGGCCACAGAGGAGAAGGAGGAGAUGGAGGAGCUGCAAGCCUACAAUCGUCGCCUACUCCACAAUAUUCUGCCUAAAGACGUGGCCGCCCAUUUCCUGGCGCGGGAACGGCGUAACGACGAGCUCUACUACCAGUCCUGUGAGUGCGUGGCUGUCAUGUUCGCCUCCAUCAGCAAUUUCUCCGAGUUCUAUGUGGAGUUGGAGGCCAACAACGAGGGAGUGGAGUGUCUCCGGCUGCUCAAUGAGAUCAUCGCUGACUUCGAUGAGAUCAUCAGUGAAGAGAAGUUCAGGCAGCUCGAGAAGAUCAAAACCAUUGGCUCCACCUACAUGGCCGCCUCCGGCCUCAAUGACUCCACCUACGACAAGGAGGGUCGCUCCCACAUUACUGCGCUUGCCGACUACGCCAUGAGACUAAGAGAACAGAUGAAAUACAUCAACGAGCAUUCUUUCAACAACUUCCAGAUGAAGAUAGGUCUGAAUAUUGGACCUGUGGUAGCAGGGGUCAUUGGGGCACGGAAACCUCAAUAUGACAUUUGGGGAAACACAGUCAAUGUGGCCAGUCGUAUGGACAGCACGGGUGUACCCGACCGCAUACAGGUGACCACAGACCUCCACCAGGUGCUCGCAAACAAAGGCUAUGUGCUGGAGUGUCGUGGGGUUGUGAAGGUCAAAGGUAAAGGGGAAAUGACAACCUACUUCCUGAAUGAUGGACCGCCCAACAGUUAGCAGCCAUGGCAACAGCAGAUGCUGGGACUAUUCCCACAGCAUGGACACGGCACCACUGAGUGAGGACUCACAGUGUGAGGGGGCGACUAAAAACUAGAGAUGCCAUCACUUGAAUCCCCAGCGAAGAGGAAGAAAACCCCUUUUAAGACUUCAAAAAGGAAAGUGUUCUUGAUGAGAGGAAAAUGUUCUCGGUUGGCAGCCAUUUUGGCCCACACACAUGUUGAAGGACAAGUGUUUUUCUCAUGUCUAGCCUCUCUCUCAGGCUUCUUGAAAGAUGCAAAGUCUGUUUAUUUAAAACAACGCCUUUUAGCCUGUGUCAAAAGAAGAUUAACGCUGUACAUAAGGCUACUUUUUAAUUUUACUUUGUGUUUUUUUCUGUAUUUUUUUAUCUCAUGAAUUAUAAACAGGUACUCAUAUUUUGUUUCUGGAUUAAUUAUUUAUUUCGAUCUUGAUGUUUUGUGCAAAAGGUCCUUUAUGAAAAAGUGUGAAUACAUACGUGCACAAAUAUCCAGUUUAUUACACGUUUAUAAGUGUGUAUGUACAUGCAUAUUUGUGUGUGUAUGAAUAUAUGUAUAAACUGAGGAGAAAUAUAUUGACCAAAGACUAAAGUAUUUACUAAAAGCAAGGCAAGACAUGUUUGAUAUGUUCUCGCUAAAGUCAGCAAUGACCACCGCCUCUGUUUUUUUAGGCAGCAGACCUGAACCUUUUGUCUUUUUUGCCCGACUGCUGGCAGCAAGUGCUGCUUCGUUAUUUUCAUAUAAUGUGUACAAUUUAUUUAUUUUGUCUGUCAUUCAGGCAGCAAAACGCUGAUCAAAUAUGUUCUAAAUUAUAAUGUUGCCCUCAACCUCUAGACAAAACUGCUAAAGAUGACUAUGGAUGUUAUUGGAAAGUGAAAUAUAUAUUUUUAUCUCCGCUCUCUGAGGAGUUUAAAUAGCUUCGACUAGAAUUAGGAUCCUCUUCAUUGUCAUUUUAUGUCAGGUUGGUUCCUUAGAGCUUGAGCAGCCCGUGCGCGGCGGCGGGUUUCAGCCAUAACAGUAUGUUUCAACAAUGGCUCCCUCCCUUUCAGACAAGUAUUUUUUGGUGCAAAUGGAUAUGAAGGAACUUAGAUCAGAGAGUUGUUCCAGAGCCAUCGGGACAGGAUGGGGGGGCCUUGGAUUUCAGCGCAGUGGUCUCACACAUCCUGAUUCUUCUAUGAAGAAGAAAUAGAUGAAGGAAAAAAAUAUAAAUAUAUUGAUUUUGACUGAAUACUGUGCUUUGUAAUCCAGGAGGGGCAUAACUAUUUUCACUGUGAGGUUUUUAUGAUACAACAAAACUGCUUUCUUGCCAAACAUAACCGCUUUGAAGCAUGUCUGAUUGUGGUAUCUUGUUUUCAUUUAUGUUUGUUUUAAUGUAGGGUAUUUUGUAUCACUUCUGUAUCCAUCAUUUGUAUAUUCUUAAUGUUGUUAUUAUUAUUCUGAUGAUUCUGAUUAAUUAUUAAGCUUAUUAUGAUCAUUUCAUUCCAAUGAUAAGGAUCAAAGACCAGCACGCUUUCUAGUAAAACGCCAGUUGAAAAGCUCAAGCUCACUGGUACCAACUGAUCAACUGCAGCCAAUGAAUUCAACUGUUCAAUCCUAAUGUACAAUACAGUAUUUCAACUGGUGGUAGGUGUGAUGAUCAUGUAUAGAUAGUAAUAACCAUUAGCUGCCUUUGCAGCAGAGCCUGAGUGGUGUAUGCUCACGUAAGCAUAGCAGUAAACACACAUUUACAGAUGAUUCACUGUGCUUUUUUUUAUUUACGCCACUAUUGCAGUAUUGUAAAUCUCAGUCAGACUUUGAAAUGAGCUCUCCCGCCCAUACAUUGAAACUUCAAAGUAGUAAUAUCCCUGGUAUAACACUAUGUGAACAGGACAGGCAGAAUUGGUUUGGCCGACACGCAUACUUCUUUUAUUAUUUUCCCCCACUCAGUCUUUCAGUGGAAGAAACUACUAGCUGAGUUUGAUUGCCUUAAGUUAAUAUAAAUCAAAUUGUAGAAUAACACUUAACAGGAACUGUGCCUGCUUGCUCUGUCUGGACUGCUGGCGUUUGAACGGAGAGAACGGGAUAAGGGCUUGUCGAGAUGUAAACAUUCUAAUCAUCACGGUGAUCUUUGUUUCUCCGGCUUCGACUUUUGUUAUCGAGAGAAUCAGCCCUGACUCACAGCUCUUCCGCCACACUCUAACAAUGGCAUCCAACAGUUGAUCAUGUUUGUACCAAAGCCAGCUCACGCAGCCUUGUGCUAUCGGCCCCCUGCUGUGCAAUGAUACUUGGCCUCGGGGAACAGUGGGCACACCACAGUACAGCAAUGUAAGGGAGAUCACCAACUAUCACGUGAACUGUGACCAAUGAUGAGUGAUUCAUAUAAGCAAAGAGUUUAUAGAAUGGACAUGAGUUUAUAAAAAUGUGCAUUGUAUGUAUCCUAUUUCUAUUGGCUGUCCAUAGACUUGUGUUGAUUGUUAACUCUUGGGAUGUUUUGGGGGGGUAUGAGAGGGGAGAGAGGUUGUCCCCAUACUACUGAAACAGUGUUUUGCUCAGGCCUGAUGAAUCCUUCCGCAUUUGUUUUUGUUUUAUUUGUAUUUUCCCUGAGUUGGAGGAGUUUGAGAGGGGAGUGUUUUGCAAAGCUGAAGGACAAGAAGAGUUGAGGACUAUGACAAAGAGAAAAAUAACAUUUCCCCUUGAAGAAAAAAAUAAAAAAAAUC